UUAGGUUUCUAGCCCCUAUUGAUCAGCCCAAUUUUAAAUUGCAUUUUGCAUAUUUGCAGCUUCAAUCAACCAUCGGAAAAAAUUCUUAAAAAAUGACUGUACUAUUCGCCAAUUAACUGAGCAAAAUCUACGCUAAUCUUAGUCAUCUAUAAUUGACUUAAGCACGCUUUUUCACAUAUUUCUUUUGAAUAAGUGGUCCAACCGCUUCAGUAAAUUUUUAAUACGUUGGCCAGUUCUUCAUUUUGAUGACCAAGUUUGGCUCGUGUUGCCAUGUUGCCUUUUAUAGAGUGAAUUUUGAGACCGAUAAACACAUACCAAUACAAAAUUUUAUGUUCGAAUGUUUUGGAGUUAAAAAUGAAAACAGGUCGAAUCGGUUGAUCGGAAAAUAACAAAAAAAGUAAUGAAGAACUUUGAGUCAUCUGUAUAAAUAGUUCCAAUAUCAUGUCCUAGUUGGUUAUGUCUUACCAAAAUGUCCUAGUUUAUCCAUUAAUUUAAUUAACUGUUUUUUUUCCUAGUGUUACUUCUUGCUUUAUUUCCGACUGGACCGCUUAUUGAGAUGAGGCUGACAAUACUAGUCUGGAUAACGUGUAUGCUGUGGGUGGGGUCGAGUCAGACUCAGAGCAGACUGUACGACAUCUGCAAAGUGCCAGAGAUAACAGAGAGCGGCACUCUUCUCACUCCAAAUAGAGUGACAGGUCAACAGGGGUAUCCACUUAGUCUGACUUGCGAAUCGACCAUCAUCAAUCCCGGUGGAGGAGGAUCAGUCCGCUUCUACUUCAACUUGUUCGACUUAGAGUACAAAAACUCGAAAGAUCGCUGUCAAUACGACUACCUGAAGAUCAACGGCCAAAGAUACUGUGCCGGUCUGAGCAACUUCGAACUGUGCCUGAAUGAAGCUGAAAUUGAGCUGCAAUUCAUAUCUGAUGACUGGGAAGGAACUCAGGAUCUGUACACUGGCUUUGAAAUCAGAAUCACCAUAUCACCCACCGAGCAGUGUCAGUGCACGACUGUGGCCGACCCCCAGACGGGGGAGGGAGGGGGUGUAUCGUGUGUGUUCCCCUUCAAGCAUAAUGGUAUCGAGAGACACCAGUGCGUGGGCUCAGCGGCUCCCUUCUGUGCCACUUCUGUCACUCAAACCGCUCCCACCAUGGAGGUAGAUGGCACCAGAGCACGAUGUUCAGUCAACAAUGAUUGUGUCUACAGUGGCGUUACUCUAGAGCAAUGUCAAAAUCACUGUCUCAGCAAUGAGUUUCCUGACACAUGCACCGCUGAUGGCCUCAACGACAAUGGAACCGAGAGGACUUGCAACUUCGUUUCCUACUCCUCCUCUUCUUCCAUCUGUCAGAUUGAUGAGUCAUGUGACCUGUACGAGAGAGCAACCCCCGGAGGCUGGAAUAUCUACCGCAAAGUCACCCCCACGGGAGAUCUGGUCACUCAAGGCUUCUGUAACAAGUCUUCCUCGGCAUGUGAACAAAAGUGUCUCUCGACGUCAGGGAGGAAGUGCCUUUUUCCCUACGUGCACGCAGGCUCCGGCGUCGAGGUGUUUGCAUGUCCCAAGUUCAAGACCACCACUGACGAUCUGGAGUUCAAGUGUCCGGACGAGCGAGGUCGUACUUUCUCGACGGCUAACGUGAACUACGGCAAACUGGAGGAUCUUUCCCUGACAGAGUGUGGCCAAACUGCUUGUCUAUUUCGGGAGCCGUGCGGAACCCAUUCCACUGAGAUGGAAGGCCAGCUAGUGAGUCUAAUUGAUCCAGUCAUCAUAGACGGCAGCAGUGAAUACGAAGCGAACCAUUUGUGCAACUUCUCAUUCGCAUCAACUGAGUCCAAAUUCUACAAGUUCGUAUUUUACGACCUCAACACGUGGUGCGCGGACGAACUUAUUUUACAGUCUGCCGACGGUAGUAUCCAAUAUUCGCUAUGUUCCGACACUCGAGGCACCGAUCAGAGCUCCUUUGAAAUUUGCAUACCCUCUUCGGAAGCCAAAAUUAAUUUUGUUACCGGAAACACGAAUGUUGUCGAAAAUCCGGAAAGGUCAGGAUUCACAGCGUCGUAUUUCCAAAUUGACCAAUCAGAGUGCACGGUGAGCCCGACUAGCGAGGCGGACUCCGCAUGUUCGGCCGCCGAAGGGCGUUACGUGAACGAGUCUACGGAACUUAGAGGACCCCUUUACCCGCAAGCAUACCCCUCAAACUCGGCUUGUCUGUGGAACGUUGUAUCGGAAAUUGAAGAUGUUUACAUUUUGGUACGAGCUGUGGACUUGGACUUGGGAAUCCCAGGUUCGACGGAGUUUGAGACAACUGACUCUAUCGUAGUAAGAGAUACGGAAGGUGCCGAAUUAGUAUACCUUCCGAGUUCUAGCAAACCCUACCGAUCAAUUUUGACUUUGUCGCCAAAUUUGACCAUCAAUUUUAUGUCAUCCAGAAUUUUCAACUGGCACAAAAAUUUUCGUAUUGAAGUCAAGUUUGUGACUUUGCAAGAAAAUACGGACGAAUUUUUGUUUCAUGACUACUGCUUGAGCGAAGACAUGCAAAGUAUUUGCCAGUUCCCUUUUAUUUAUGAUGGCAGAAAUUAUUCGGGCUGUGAUUUUCUAGACGAAGUUGAUGAAAGUGUUUCGUGCAUUUCGACAAAGGGAGUAAAAAUAACAUGCAAUACUGAUAUAGACAGCUGUCAACCGGAAACGGCCUUUUUUGUGUCUACUGAAUUAGUUUUCGAAUCGAACUCGGAUAAAGUCAUUAUAUCUUGGGUAAUGUCUAGUCGAUACUGGUCUUACUUCGAUGUAAAUAUUAAUGGCCAAGCUUAUAAAACUGAGAUAAGAACUCUUUCUGUAGAGAUACAAAAUUUCACCGACUUUGCUUUGCCUGAUAAGCGUAGAAGUGCUGAUGAAGCCCCUGUUCUUUACGGUGUAGAAAUAUUCAAAAAAUCAUUCGGCCUCGAACACAGAAGUGUAUAUUUUAUAAUCGAACCCAACUUGAAAAUAGCCCUGAGCGCUUUGGGCCCGAGAGUGGCGUCAAUAAAUUGGGAUUCCUCUUUGAUCGUGCAAAGAAUUGUUGUAACUCCUCAUUUGGACGCAUUCGCAAACGCGACAUCAUUCCAACAACUGGAACGGCAUCUUCAGGUGGAUCCUUACGAGACUAAUGCAACAAUCCCUUCUGGAGAAACCAGUUUCGAUCUGGGAGCAGUGGUCUCCCCGGGAAUUCCCUAUAAGGUCAAAGUAGAAACUAAUAAUUCUGCGGUUGCAAUUGAAUCUGAAAUCUACAUACCACCGGUGGCCUUGACAACUGAGGUCAAUCAGAUUGAUUUUUCUUUCAGCGGAUCAGGAAAAGUGACCUUUUCUGGGUCAUUGACCUCGGAUACUAUCUGUUCAUUUAUCGAGUUGAAAUCUGUCCCCGCUAGUCAAGAUAACUCUGAGCCGCUGCAACUAGAUUGUGGAUUAGAUAACGGUUGUAUACAAACGAACGGAUCCUUUUAUACUGAGAUAAUCAGCGAUAAUUUCCAAUACGGAUUAUGUUACGACAUGUACAUAACAAGCUCGACCCUCGCUAGUAAUUCAAAGGUGAGCUUGAUUGAAAUGUGCCUUGAACCUCCGAUGAUCAAUAGUUCGACUGUUCAAGUAGCCGAACGAUCGAGCGAGUCUCUCAAGCUAAUUUGGGAGGCGCCGACGCCUAAUAACUUCGACGUUUAUCUAGCCGAUGUCUCGUUUUGCACUGAUUGUUCGUGCGCGAGUAUUGAGGUUUUGGAAGAGUUUCUUCUAAAUGAUCCUGAAUUGGAAUUGGACGGGUUGAUUCCUGGCGUACAGUACCGCAUUAAUUUGACAACUGUGGUUAACCACGGGAAUAUUGAAACCAAAAUUGACUUUAGUGAUCCUCUGUCAGUUGAGGAAGACACCUUAGCGAUUGAUGCCGACCCUGUUGAUAUUGUGUUUACAAACAAUAGACUCUAUCUGAACUGGGCCGUUCCAGCUCUAGGGCCAGAUGAAGUUGGAACAGUCGGCUUCCGAAAUGGAUUCAAGGUCACACUUUUGGAUAACAAUGACAUAAUUGAAGAGACUUUCACACGAGAAGCGGGAUCGUUCAACGAUGUUCAGUUGAACUUCGCAAGACCUGCUCAUCUGUACACUGUCAAGUUACAGACCGUGUCUUGUUCAGGUAUUCAGACGUCUGAAGGAUUGGAGCUCAACCAGGUUUCACCACCCGAAAACUUGAAGGAGAACGAGUUCGUCCUCACCGACGUUACGACUACAGGAUUCAAAGUCGAAUGCAAUCGCGAUGCUCCAGAUGUCGAAGGGAAUACAGAAGUGACCUUUGCGGUUGAAAUCGCAGAUGAUUCAGGAAAAGUAAUCAGAGAUUUUGAACUGGAUUGCUCAGAGGCGCAAAGGUCGCAAGAGUUAACCGAUUUAGAUCCCGAAAAUACCUACACCGUUGAAGUGAAAGCGAAAGCGUCUAACGCUAAUAGUUAUGUUCAAUCUGUUUACUCAGAUCCUAUAAGUUCCAAUAUUCGUGUACUUCCCGAGGGAGCAGAAAUAAAAGCAACCGAAGUUUCGGCCGAGUUCACGCUUCCACGAAGUGCACUUCAGUUUCCCGCAGGAGUUACGCAAUUUUACAUUCUUGUUGCCGAAGCGGAAGAGAUUUCGCCGACGCUCGACCAAGCCGAAACUUUCAGUACUUGGAAGCAAGUGUACGCCACAGACAACGGGGAGACGGAAAAUGUUAAAGUGUAUCAAGCAACGUCGCAAAUGGCAUAUCCACCACAAAAUUCUUCAAACGUUUUCGAUCUAGGAAACGAUCUGUAUAUGUUUAAAAUUGGCACUGAAACAUACAGAGAUUGCUUGAAUAAGACUGAAAGUGAAAUUUGUGACAGUCAGUUGAUGUCUGGAACAUUCUACUCACUUCUAAUUGUCGGUUUGCUUCCUAAUGGCACCCGAGUCAUCGGUGGCAGAGAUUUCGGAGUCUUCAAAACCGCAGAUUUGAUCACGAAUUUCUCAGUUAUAUUAUCCAGCUCAACCUCAUUAAAAGUUGAGUUUAAAGAUGACAUAUCAACUCAAGAUACCAUCUACAACCUCAAGUAUCAGUUUGAGGGUCCAGUUUUGGAGGAACAGCGACAGAAGAGAUCUGCAGGAGACAACUCAGCUUCUGCCACUACUAACACGACCUCCGAAACUAUCUCGUCCAGCAAACGUAAGAUAUGCUCGAAUAUUGAUGGCGAAGCUGGUGCGAACACAGGCUGUUUCAUGUACAUACAUGGCUUAGAUCCGUUCUCUAAAUAUAUUCUUGAAGUGAGUCUCGAAAUUGGAGGCGUCAAUAGUACUGACACUUGGACAGGCGAAGCAGAUACUAUAAAGAAAGAGAACGAUGUUGGACCAGGCGACGGCGACGUUCUAUCCCUUUCAGCAAUACCUCCGUUUCUGCAGGAUCCAAACAUACACGAAGUUGUGAUUCUGGUUGGCGUCAGACGCAACAGCCUGGAAAAUGUUACGAUACCCUACAAUAAUUGGGACGAUGUUUUUGGGGUUCCUGCUGGGGAUAGUCCUGCAAGAGGUGUAUAUCAGCCGUAUCCACCUUUUAAUUACAGCACAAUCGAUGAAAUUCCGGGACUAUCUAUUGAGGAUGGCCAACUUAAACUGACCAUUGGCGAAGGUGAUUCAGAUGAUAAUUGCACCUACUGCAACAAAGCUUUGCCAGAUGAUGACUCAACAAAGUACUAUAUCUGGUUUAUAGGCCAACUAGAAGAUGAGCAUCCGCUUAUUUCGGGGCCUUAUGGCGCGUUCAGUGCUUCUGUGAGUAAGAGCAGCGACUUCGCUUCUGCAGGCAUCGGGUUACUGUUUGCUAUAAUCUUUUUCAUCCUCAUACUUAUUUUGGUGAUUCUUUUGGUUGUCUACUACCGUCGCCACGGACGCAACAAGCUACGAAAACCAAUUGAGUCGCACGAGCACCCAGUUUUUGUUCACAACCCACUAAACGAAGCUGAUUUGCAGUCCUGCAGUGAAUAUCCAAAAAGUCCGGGCUCCGACACUCCGGCUUCUGGAAUGUGGGGAGGAGUCGGUGGGUGGGGUAACGACGAAAUUGACGGGGGCAUGUUUGCCAGAUCUCCUGCGCUUCCCGAGGCGGAAAUUGAACCCAUGUACGAAGAGGACAAGACUGUAUCGCCGAACCAAGUACAGAUAACUUCGGUUCCCAACCGAAACAGUGUCGUGUCUUCUGACGAGAGCAUUCCACGACUGACUACCAAUUUCGCGCCGGCGUUUCUGGCAAAUCCCGUGGCAGAGACUGCGAACCAGAUUGAACCGACAGAAUCGAAUGCUGCUCAAGAUAACGAGGGAUUCGUAGCGGAGGCUGAGUUUGCAGUGAACCCUACAAGCCCCGAUGAAAUGUAAAUUCUGAACUUAACCGAAAUUUAUACCAAAAGAAGUUUUUUUGUUAAAUUGAACCGAAACGGAUAAAAUUAAACUAUUUAGUUUUGUAAAAUUGCAGAUUUUUCCCUUUAAAAAAUUUCCUCUGUUAGAAUGAAGAAUAUUUUGAGUGUUUAA